CCCCAACCAUGGUGGCAUUCUUUCCUUCUGACCAUGGCUAAAAUCACUGGAUUUGAAACCCAUGACGUGCGGUUCCCUACGUCGCUGUCCGGAGAUGGUACCGAUGCCAUGAAUACUGACUGCGACUACUCGUCCGCAUAUGUUACUCUUCUCACGGACUCGGAUCUGGUCGGUCAUGGCAUGACCUUCACCAUUGGUCGCGGAAACGAUAUUGUAUGCGCAGCCAUCAAGGAAGUAGCGAGCAGAUUGGUUGGAAAGGAGACGGAGACUCUGUUCGCCGAUAUGGGGGAAACUUGGAAUUUCAUGAUGUCAGAUCCUCAGCUGAGAUGGAUUGGCCCGGAGAAAGGUGUUAUUCACAUCGCAUCUGGGGCUGUGAAUAAUGCUGUCUGGGAUAUGUAUGCCCGGUCCCGAAAGAAGCCUCUGUGGAAGCUCGUCGUGGAUUUCACUCCGGAAGAAUUGGUGAAAUCGGCUGCCUGGCGUUACAUUUCCGACGCGAUCACGAAAGAAGAGGCCCUUGUCAUGGUAAAAGAGAAAGCCUCCACGAAGCAGGAUCGAGAGGCCAAAGUUCAAGAGCUCGGGUACCCUGCGUAUGUUACAUCCGCAGGAUGGCUGGGAUACAGCGAUGAAAAAGUGGCUCGAUUAACCAAAGAAGCCGUUCAGGCAGGGUUCAAUCAUUUCAAGAUGAAAGUUGGAGCCAACCAAGCGAAUGAUCUGCGUCGAGGAAAGAUCAUACGAUCCAUCAUCGAUGAUCCGCAAUACCUUCCAACGGAUGCGCCACCAAGAGAUCCUAACAGUGAUGACCUAAAAGGCAAAAAUGCCGGGCCCACUGGCGCAGUGUUAAUGAUCGACGCGAAUCAGGUGUGGGACGUCCCACAGGCAAUUGAUUACGUUAAGGGAUUGACUGAGAUUAAGCCUUGGUUCAUUGAAGAGCCUACAGCGCCAGAUGACAUUCUGGGUCAUGCGGCUGUCCGAAUGGCCUUGAAGCCGUACGGUAUCGGUGUCGCUACCGGUGAACAUGCUCACAAUCGCAUGGUAUUCAAGCAGCUACUUCAAGCAGAAGCCAUAGAUGUUUGCCAAAUCGAUUCUUGUAGGCUUGCAGGCGUCAGCGAAGUCAUCAGUGUUCUUCUCAUGGCAGCCAAGUUUGGUGUACCCGUUUGCCCACACGCAGGUGGAGUUGGAUUGUGCGAAUAUGUCAUUCAUUUGAGUCUAAUCGAUUAUAUUGUCAUCUCGGGUACUAUGGAGCGCAAUGUUUUGGAAUUCGUUGAUCAUCUCCAUGAACAUUUUGUGACACCUUGUUCAAUCAAUUCGCGUGGAAGGUAUAAUGUCCCGUCAAACCCUGAUGAAGGUUACAGUAUUGAGAUGCAUAAAUCAAGUAUUGCUGAAUACGAGUGGCCCAAUGGUUCAUAUUGGGUCGGGGCAAGAGAAGGAAAGGUGUUGUAAACAAAGAGCUUGUCGCAGUAAAUCCAAACAUCUGCCAUCAACUCCCAGUGAAAAUCACAGGAUAUGCAAGAAAUACAUAUUGUUUUCUCCAUGUUACGCCAUGACAUCAUGC